AUGAACACAACACAAAGGGUCCGUUUGGGCCAAUUACCAGACAUUGCGCGACUCUGUCUGCGUCAAGUGCACGGAGGAAAGAGACCACCGAACCCCUGGGCCUUCCAAGGGCCCGACGGCCACGGCGAGAACAUCUGGGUGUUUGCCCACCGCAGAACUCAACAAGUGAUUUACAGCUUCAGUCCCACGUUGGAUGGGUUCCACGACAUGAAGCAGCUGCCCUACAAUGGCAAGAAGACGAAGCCCGCCAAGCUGCGAAAGGACUACUGGGCGCCCAUGGCCAAGAUUGAGCUCCCCCGAGGGCACGGCAACGUCGGCCGCGUAGUGUUCCAGAAGCUGCGCGAGCUGAAGCACCUGCACGAGGUCUCAUGGGACGACAGCCUGCUCUACAAGAAGCCGAUCGAGUACAACGAAGCCGAGAAGAAAGCGGCCGCCAAGCGUGCCGCCGAGAAGGAACCUGAACCGCUUUUCACGCGCAGCAAAGCCCAGCGCGGCAAGGCUCUCAACGCCCAAAAGGCAAACUCGGUUGCGGACAUGGCGGCCGUGCUAGGCAGUGGUGGUCCCGGCAACAAGAUCGAGUCUACAGAAACGGCAGGCCUCAAACUGCCAGUCAGAGUCAUCUGGUCCGACAUAAACGACGCAGGAUAUGCGGAGAAGUGGCCUCGUAAUGUCAAGCACACCGAACAGGUAGAACCUGUCGCAGAGACGGCUCUGCCAGCAGAUGUGGAAGUUGCCGCAUAA